AUGCAAAAUGUUCUCGAGCUAACGCAACGUUCGCCUCCAACCAAGGAGCUCGCAAACGACGGUGCACCUUUACCACCGCCACAUGUGAGGCCCUCAGAGGACGUCCUCCAUGAUUACGACGUCAACCCGACGUCGGGUCUCUCUACGGCGCGUGCAGCAGAAUUUUUAGCGCAGAACGGUCCCAAUCAGCUCAAACCACCAGAGGCGCCUUCAAGGCUGAAAAUCUUUUUCCGGCAGCUUACCAAUGCCAUGAACAUUAUUCUAUGCGCUGCAGUUAUAGUAUCCUUAGCGACAACCGACUAUAUCGCUGCUGGUACGAUUGGCCUCCUAAUCGUGCUCAAUGUCUCCGUAGGGUACACGCAGGAAUGGAAGGCCGAAAAAGUACUCGCAGCUCUCUCCACAGUCGGGAGCCCUGUAGCCACAGUGGUUCGACACGAUGCUCUCUCCAAAUCUCGUUGUCGUCGGGAUAUUAUCAUCAUCAAGAUUGGUGAUAUUGUUCCUGCAGACGCCCGCAUCCUCACUGGUCAUAUCAGCAAUCUCGAAUGCGACGAGUCCCUCCUCACCGGUGAAUCACUCCCGGUAGCCAAGACUUCAGAACCGCUCGAGGAGGCCGACGUACCUGUAGGCGACCGCACGAACAUGGUCUAUUCGGGAUCACAAGUUACAAAGGGACGUGCCAAGUGCGUCGUAACAAUGACUGGAAUGCAAACGGAGCUGGGAAAGAUUGCGGAAGCACUUGAGAAGAAGCAAUCUACCACCGCGGAAGGUUGGGGUUAUCUACGCUACAGGAUCAAGGUUUCACUCGGUUUGGCCGACACGACGCCACUCCAAAUCAAGCUCAACAAACUGGCAUAUGGGCUCUUGGUUGUGGCAAUCAUUUUGGCGUUGAUUGUCAUCUCCAGCACCGGAUUCCGCCGUAUCCCACCAUCCAUUGCGACAUAUGCCGUCGCUGCCGCGGUCUCAUUGCUCCCAGAGUCGCUUACAGCGGUGACAACAUUAACGUUGACUGUGGCUUGCCGUGAAUUGGCAAAACGAAAUGCCCUUAUUCGUCGCAUGGAUGCAGUUGAAACGCUUGGAGGAGUUCACAAUAUUUGCUCCGACAAGACUGGGACCAUUACUCUCGGUCGUAUGGUGGUCAGGAAAGUCUGGGUCCCUGUCGAUAGUGCCUUCGUGCGUCAAGGCUCUAGGGCAUCGUAUGACUCUACAAAGGGUCAGACGUAUCUAGUAGAAUCUGGUACCGAUCCCUUUUACCCGCGUGGCACUAUUCGAGCCCUCCCUACGGACGAAGUGUCCCCUUCAGCCAGUGGGGAGGAAGAUGAUUCGGACGAUGGCUUAGGCGAGGAUAUUGUUCGAAUCGAUUCGCUCGAGCCGGCUUUUCAAGAACUCGUUCAUGGAGCAUCUCUGAAUAAUAUGGCAACGCUCCACAAAGCAAAUAAAGAUAGUGGAUGGCAGGCAAAUGGAGACCCGACCGAGAUUGCUCUUCAAGUAUUUGCACACAAAGCUGGUCGUGGAAAGCCUCAUCUUACGGCUCUCCGUCGUCGCCACCAUCAUCACGAGCCACUCGUGCGCAUGGUGUCUCGUGCAUCCGAAAAUGUUCAGGCUCGCCGAUCCGAACUUCAGCUUGCCCGUACACAUACAGCUCAGAGCGACGGCACUUCUGUCCCAAUCAUUGACGGUCACUAUGAGAUGCUGGUAGAACACCCUUUUGAUUCUACUGUCAAACGAAUGUCAACUGUCUGGGAAUUCAUCCCAGAGAAUGACAAUGAUGGGUCGGCUGAUUAUGAUUUGGUCGUGUAUCUCAAAGGUGCAGUAGAACGGAUCCUCGACCGUUGUACGCAUAUUGGUCUGGGUGAGAAUCGACUUCCUUUGACAGAGGGAAGGAAGGAGGAAAUACUGCGCAGAAUGGACAGCAUUGCCGCAGAGGGCCUCCGCGUCCUCUGUAUCGCGGGCAAGUAUAUUCCGAACUCUCUUAAGGGAGAGGUCAAGGCCAUGCCCCGCGAUGAAAUUGAGAGCAAUUGCUGCGUACUUGGUCUAGUUGGCAUAUAUGAUCCACCCCGCCCGGAAUCCAAAGGAGCUGUGAUCGAAGCUCUUCGCGCGGGCAUUGUUGUGCGCAUGCUUACUGGUGACCAUGCGGCAACGGCAUCCAGCAUUGCCCGUUCAGUUGGCAUCCUCGACGAUACGCACGGUCCUACUGCAGUAAUGACGGGACAAGAGUUUGAUAAUCUCACCGACGAGCAAAUUGACGCCAUUCCCGAGCUCCCCGUGGUUCUCUCGCGUUGCUCACCAGAGACCAAAACGCGAAUGGUCGAUGCAAUCCACCGCCGUGGACAGAAGACGGUGAUGACCGGUGAUGGUGUCAACGAUUCUCCAGCGCUCAAGCGUGCGGAUGUUGGAGUUGCAAUGGGCUUAAAUGGCUCCGAUGUCGCAAAGGGCGCAAGUGACAUCGUUUUGGCGGACGACAACUUCUCUACAAUUGUGCGCGCGAUCCGCAAAGGACGCGCGAUUUUCCAAAACUUUACAAAGGCACUGGUAUAUCUGCUGUCUGGAAACGUCGCCGAAAUCACGGUGAUUAUGGUUGGCCUCGCAUUCAGGCGCAAUGGAGUCGCUGUGUAUCCUGUUGCGCCUGUCGCAGCUUUGUGGAUCAACACUAUUGCCGCAGGACCUCCUGGGUUUGCUCUUGGUGUCGAGCCGACCGGAAAGGAUGUGAUGGAUGUGGGCCCAGGAGCCUACCAAUACAUAUUCACGCCAUCUUGGUACAUGGAUACGAUUGGAUAUGGAAUCUUUAUGGGCGCCCAAACACUUGCCAACUUUAUCAUUGUUCAAUACGGAACCGGAAAUGGAACGGCAGAUAUCGAUCCUAAAUGCAAUGAUCACUUUGUUGGUCUUCAACCUGGCUGCGAAGUCGUCUUCCGCGCAAGGGCGACCGCCUUUGCGACUCUUCAGCUCCUUCUGAUGGCCCAUGCUCUUACGUGCAAGCAUUUGACGCGAAGCCUGUUCCACAUGAAUCUGCUCGACAACACAAUGCUCCUGUGGUCUGCUGGAUGUCUCGCCCUGACGACAUUCCCAUUGGUAUAUAUCCCCGCCAUCAAUGACCGUGUCUUCCAACUUAGCGGCGACUUGACCUGGCAGUGGGGUCUCAUCGUUGCUCAGUUGGUCCUCUACUUUGCGGCCGCAGAGAUGUACAAGUUGGCGAAGCGACUGUACUACCGCCGCCAGAGCAAAGCAAAGACUCGUAGGGAGCUCGAAAGGGAGGCGGCUGCGAAGCAAUUCCACGUCGCAUAUACAAUGGAUCCAUAG